GACGCCGCAGCAGCAGCAGCAGCAGCCGGCGACGCUCCGACGACGCUCGCCGCCGACCGCCGUAGCCAGUGCUCCGCGUGUGCUCUGGCCCCUGCGCCGAGGCAGAUGCAACCCGCACGGCGUGCGACCAGCUGCGUCUUCAGAGUCACCGCGUCCUUGUUGACAGACUGCACCUUUUAGCCGAUCGGAAGUGUGUGAACUCCGCGCUGAACUCAGAGUGGACAAGUCACUGCCAGUUCACUUCUCUUGUAGAGAUUACAGUGACUAUGAUCUAAAAAGACACCGCAACGAUACUAUAUACAGUCGAAGACUCCGCCACCUAUUAUUGCACUUGCGUUUCGUGGACCAGUAACUGUGCUACUACCUUAUCGGCCAUCGAGUUGUCCCUCCCAAUAAUAUAGUGAGAAGUGCUCAUCUCACACGCAGGGCACCACGGCCGAGUGACUGCCGCGCUAAACGGCUGCGUCUAAUUGCCCGGCGGGAGAGUGCUCCGCUUAAUUGGCUCUGCGAACCCAGCCGACGGCCGUCGACGGCGAGGACCCUCGUCGGCGGCUGUGGUGUGAGCCGGCGGCGCCUUUGUGCCCUCCUGGAGGCGGCGGCGGCAGCGGCAAAUGGAGGCGCCGUGUCCUCCAGCAACAAGUUGACGGCGGCGGUACUCCGCUCUCGGCGACCCGCUGAGUGGUCCAGCUCGCCCUGCAAAGUGGGUUGUCUCCCUGUGAGUGAUGCUCCCAUCUGGCGACUCUUCUGAUUCCGGCGGGUACCAUUACGGAGCCUGUGCGAGGCAAUAAGACGCUGUACUACGUACUAAUUUUAUUUCAGUGCUAGUUAACAGUGCUAUACCGUCGAAACAGGAACUGACGGUGUGCCUGUUUGGUUUGCCUGUAAGUAUUAUUUGUGGAGGAAAAUCUUUUGUGACAGUGGCGAGUAGGGAGGAAAUAUUACACUUUUAUUACAACAGCGCUGACCUCGAAGCAGCGCUGGAUUCUCGAGCUCGGAAGAGACGCUAUACUUGAGGAAGCACGUGAAAGGCGAUGGAACUGUUUUCAUAAAAACAACUAUAAGGCAUUCUAAGUUUAAGCAUGCGCAACCAGUGACUUUGCACCUAUACUUCGGUUCUUUGGUUUCGUAACUCGAAAGAAGCAAUCUGACAGUGAUGGUGUGUUAGGUAUUUAGUUCCUGCGGCACCUUUAUAUAGGUAAUCUCUUGCUGGCUUUCGUUACAGUGUUUCAAGACAGCGACUAAAUAUAAAGUAGCACCAUAUUUGCUGCUUGAUGCAGUGUACUUGGCGAGAUCGUCUACUUAUGCCCUAUGAGAAGUUUUAAUUUUUUUUUUAUUUUACUGUGGGAGAAUUUAUUUUGUUCUAUGUAACAGUUUGGCGCUUGUGACAGAGUGGAAAGACUAAUAACAGUGCUUAUUUGACAAUGGAGAGACACGACGCUUGUGCUUUCGAAGGAGCACCUGCUUGCUGAAUGCGGAUCUAGUUAAAGACGCUCUGAGGAUUGUAAAGAUCAAAGAGUCGUCGAAAAUAGUAUCGCAAAUACAUAUUUCACAGAAGAUCCCUCUUGCUAACGCUGCGAUGAACAAGUUUAUAUGUAGGUGUACAGUAUUUGUGUCGUUGAAUUACUCUUAAUAAUGUACCUUCAAUAAUACAAAGUAGUUUUGACAUCUGUUUAGCCUGAAACGACGUGCUAGUUGAGCACAAAACCCCGCGUCUGUUAUGGUCAUUAAAAUGCUUUAAACCUUGUUUUUACGCACAUAUAAGCAUAAGGUAGAUAGUACAUGUCGCACUUGAAGGUACUGCUAAACUAAUAACAGUGGCACUGGUAGAUUGCGUCAGUGAACAGCUGAUAGGCGUACGAUAAGUUGUGCCUGAGGGCCGUACACUGUGCUCAAUGGAAGAAAGUGUUAGGAAACCCGUUUAUCUGUAACGCGUGGGCGUUGUCGUAAGGGCUCCGAUAGGACGCGGCGCUUGUCAUUACUGCUCGAGCCUCGUCACCAGCGGCGUCGUCGCGUCGCGCCUUGUCAGUGGGCUCGUAAGGAGCAUGAGCGGGCGUUAAGCGCCGGGCCAGAGCGGGCAGAUUGCGGCCGGAAGGCCAUGGAGCAGCGGGCGGCCGACUCGCGAUAAGGCCGGCCGCGGAGCGGGCGUCAGUGUAGCGAGCGUCUGGGCACAGUAGCAGCGCGCGAGCCGCCAUGUACGAGAAGUGCGCCAACUACACGGCCGGCGGGCCCGUCUCGCUGGUGGAGGCGGCGCUGCUCGAGACACUGUGCCGCAACGUGUCGAGCUCGGCUGCGGAGGCGGCGGAGGCGGAGGCGGCCGCGGAGGCGGCGGCCGGAGACUGGGCGGCCAGCUCGGUGCUGCAGCGCGCCGUCGCCGUCGUCGUGCCGCUGCUCUUCGGCCUGAUCGUGCUGCUCGGGCUCGUCGGCAACGCGCUCGUCGUGCUCGUCGUGGCCGCCAACCAGCAGAUGCGCUCCACCACCAACCUGCUCAUCAUCAACCUCGCCUCCGCCGACCUGCUCUUCAUCGUCUUCUGCGUGCCCUCCACCGCCACAGACUACCUGCUGCCCUUCUGGCCCUUCGGAGACGCCUGGUGCAAGGUCUGUAUCGCUCCGCGCUGCUCCCACCUUCCCUUUACAUGA